CAGCAACCAGGAACACUGUGACACAGUGCUGGGUUCUGGAGCACUGAGCCCUCAGGAGGGAGAUCUGACUGCCUGCCCCAUCUGCAUCCAGGGCCCAUGGACAGCAUGGCCAGUGAGUUUGGGCUCAUCCAGCCAGGCAGCUACGUGGAGAUCAAGCACAGCAGUGGGCACACGCACCAGGCAGUAGUGACAAAGCUUCAUGAAAGUACUUCCAGCAUCACUGUGGAAUGGCUCGAAAAAGGGACCAACAAGGCCAAACAGGUGGAUCUCCAGGUCAUCUUUGACCUCAACCCUCAUCUAGCCCCAAGAAGCACGCCCACAAGCAACUCUGAGACCACAUUAUCAGCACAAGGGAAGCAAAGCCCCGUGAGUGAGAGGCUGCCACAGCCCGUCAAAGUGGAAAAAACGCACUGGGACAUCAGGAGCCCUGUGGUAACCAGGCCUGACUCCAGAACCAAGUGGAUGUCACCAUGCAUGUGGCAGAUGGAAAGGAUGCCAAAACAGCGUGAAUGCAAUCAGCUGGAUGUGCAGGAGAAGCGAGCUCAGAAGGCCAUCACAUCACUCCGUGCCACAACUGACAUGGUAGCCAUGAUCCAGGAGUGCCGCUACCAACUGAAUGGCAAGUCACCACGGGCCUCCAUGCCGUGUCAGCCCCGCCGCAUCACUGUGUGCAUUCGCAAGCGGCCCCUGAACCAGCGGGAGACCGAGCUCAACGACACUGACGUGGUGACAGUGUCCUGCCAGGGCAUGGUGAUUGUGCAUGAAGCCAAGCAGAAGUUGGACCUCACGCAAUAUCUGAACAACCAGAUCUUCCGCUUUGACCAUGCCUUUGAUGACCAUGCCACCAACGAGCUGGUGUACAGGCACACCGCCCAGCCCCUCGUGGAUAUCGUCUUCCAGGGGGGCAUGGCCACUUGCUUUGCCUACGGUCAGACAGGCAGCGGCAAGACGCAUACCAUGCGGGGAAGCAUCUCUAGCGUAGGAAUCUACAUCUUGGUUGCUGAGGAUGUCUUCCGCAGACUGCAGUACCCUAAUUACCAGAAACUGGACCUUUCGGUCUACGGGGCCUUCUUUGAGAUUUAUAGGGGCAAAGUGUUUGACCUGCUGAACAGGAAGAAGAGGCUGAGGGUGCUAGAAAAUGGUAAAAAGCAGACCCAGGUGGUAGGCCUGUGGGAGGAAGAGGUCACCAGCGUGGAAGAUGUCAUCAGGCUAAUUGAAACAGGCAGCAACUGUCGCAUGGCAGGCCAGACUUCAGCCAACACUCAGUCCUCCCGGAGCCAUGCCAUCUUCCAGAUCAUACUCAAGAAGAGAGGGCAUUUGUAUGCCAAAUUUUCCCUAAUUGAUUUGGCUGGGAAUGAGAGAGGAGCUGACAAUACAACUGCAGACAAGCGCACGAGGCUGGAGGGGGCUGACAUUAAUAAAAGCCUCUUGGCACUCAAGGAGUGUAUCAGGGCACUGGGGCGUAACAAAGCCCAUACCCCAUUCAGGACUAGCAAACUGACCCAGGUCCUGAGGGACUCUCUUAUAGGGGAAAACUCAUAUACCUGCAUGAUUGCCACCAUCUCUCCAGGAAUGAGAUCCUGCGAGCACACCCUUAACACCCUGCGGUAUGCCAACCGUGUGAAGGAGCUGGUUGUGGAUUUAAAUUCCCUUGAACCACCUGUUCAGAUCAUGUCCAGGUUACCACAGCAGAGAUAUAAGGAAAUGUUGUUCAAGGCAUGCACUUCAAAUGCCGGGGGAAAAACCCUGAAAAAGAGAAAAGAGAUAAAUGAGAAAAUACUUCCAGAGAAGCAUCAGAAAUCUCUGCAGUGGUUGAAAGCAUUCACAGAGGUGGCUGAAGGAGUAGACAGGAAUGUAGAUCUAUAUGCUCUGAAGUUUGAAUCAUUCCUGAGUCAAAAAAUUGGCAUCCUGACUGAGAUUCAAGAAAAAGUCAGACUAUUUCGGUCAACAGCUUGCAAAGAAGAACAAGGCAGCAACCAGAGCUGCACCAAGAGGUCCCGUGCACUGUAAGCCGUGCCAGAGCCCUGGGCCCUGAGGCUGCCGGGAGCGGAGAGCUGUCAGCUCCCUCUGCUUCAUCUGCCCAGCAAUUUCAGUGCUUAAAAAAUAUUAAAUGGCAUCUGCAUGAA